UUGAAAAAAUUUCUAAUGCCAUGCGGGAGAGGGGACAUACCAGGGACUCGUUACAGUGCCGAGUGAAAGUGAAAGAGCUCAGACAGGCGUAUCAGAAGACCAAAGCAGCAAAGGGCAGGUCAGGCUCUGCCCCCAAAACAUGCCGGUUCUACGACGAGCUUAACGCAAUAUUGGGGAACAGCGCAACGACGAACCCCCCUUUGUCUGUUGAUUCAGAGGUGGGUGUCGUGAUUCCUGCAACUACGGAAGAUUUAUUUGAUGGCGAUGAUCAGUAUGAUGAGGACCAAGAGGAGGAGGCUCCAGCAGAGAGCACAGAGCAUUUUAUCCCCCCAAACAGCCAGGAUCUUUUCCUCACCCUUACUGAGGUUCCCUGCCAGCCAUCUCAAGGCAGUACUCCAGAAAAUGAAGCUGAGGGACCGUCCUCUGCUGCACAUUUCUCCAGCCUCCCUCUCGCUUCUCAUCUACGUGGGGGGGGGGUAUCAUAAGAAGACUGAGGAAAAGGAGGACGCGUGAGGACAUGUUCACCGAAAUUAUGGCAGUAACCCGUACAGAGAGAGCUCUGCAGGGAGACUGGAAGCAACUGGUCGCA